UCACCACUCUCUCUUUCUCCCACAGACGUACGGACCUAAGCUCCUUGGUUUGUUUGACCGGUGGCGCCACCACCACAAUGUAAUAGAAAAAGUCUCUAGCCCUCUUAACCUCCCACCACUUGGCACCAUAUUCUCAACUAUUAUUUACUCUUACCUCUCUCUAAACCAUGGCUAUAUCUAGAAGCUAGGUCUGGCUAGCACUCCUCUUAACCAUACAACCCUACAGCAAGUUGCGCUACGAGAACAAACUUCGCCCCAUUCGAUCUCUUACACCAUUAGUUAACCUCACUUCAUUGAUUAAUAUUCAUUAAUUCUUUCUCUCUUAGUUUUUCAUUUCUUUCGUUUAUUGUUUUUUGUUUCCCACUUUAUAUGGCUUUGCUUGUGGAUCAACAACCAAACUUCAAGCACUUUUGUAAAAUAUGCAAGAAAGGAUUUAUGUGUGGAAGAGCACUAGGAGGGCACAUGAGAGCACACGGAAUAGGUGAUGAGAAUGUCAACAUGGAAGAUGAAGAUCCUGCUAGUGACUGGGAAGAUAAGUUGGGAGCCACCGUGCCCCCUGGAACCAGGCGUAUGUAUGCGUUAAGAACGAAUCCAAAUCGAUUAAAGAGCUGUCGGGUUUGUGAAAAUUGUGGCAAAGAAUUCUUGUCAUGGAAGUCUUUUCUUGAACAUGGAAGAUGCACGUCCGAGGAUGCAGAUCAAUUGCUUGUUUCCUCUCCAGGAUCGGACGAGGAGGGUGGAACUCCAAGAAGGGACUGCUGUUGGUCUAAAAGAAAACGAUCAUUGAGAGCUAAAGUUGGCAAUUUUAACUCCAGCUGCCCGUCAAGCGAAGAGGAAGAUCUUGCUAAUUGCCUCAUGAUGCUAUCUAAUGCAACAGUUGAUCCCUUAGAAGCCGAGCCUGAGGAGUCUUGUGCAUCUGCUAGUAAAGAAGAAGAGCGAAGAAAUCCGUUGAAUUUUAUGGCUAAUGUGGAAUACAAGCCACCAUUAGACAAGGCCAAGGUGAUUGCUAAAGGAAUGUUUGAAUGCAAAGCAUGCAAGAAAGUUUUCAAUUCACAUCAAGCAUUGGGUGGACAUAGAGCUAGCCACAAGAAGGUUAAAGGAUGCUAUGCAGCCCGGCUUGAUCAGGGAAUGGAAGAUAGCCUAGCUGAUCAUGAUGAAGAUUUCAUCACAAAUGAUGAAUUCUUUUCAACAAAAUCGACAUCGACUUUGCAAUUCGAUCAUGGUUCAACUCCUCCAUUGGCUUCCACUUCGAAAAGGAAAUCCAAAGUGCACGAAUGUUCCAUAUGUCAUCGUGUAUUUUCAUCCGGACAAGCAUUAGGUGGCCAUAAAAGGUGUCAUUGGCUCAUUUCAAAUUCUCCAGACACUUCAUCUUUCCCCAAGUUCCAUCAAUUUCAGGAUCACUUGGACCAAAUUCAACGACGACCGAAGUUUAUCAACAAUUCUGAGCCAUUAGAUCUCACACUUGAUCUCAAUCUUCCUGCUCAUCCACCUGUUGCAGACCCUUCAAAUAUUGAGGUUUCUACUGAGAUUUACCUACAGCCUUGGACGAGAGUUGAUGCAAAAGUAAAGGACGACAACAAUCAUCGGCACCAAAAUGAAAAGGAUCAUCGUGACACCAAAGACAACAAUAACGAUGAUAAUAAUAAUAAUUAUAGUUCAGUCCAGAAUGUGAAUGAUGAAGCAGAUAGUAAGGUGAAGUUAGCAAAACUUAGUGAAUUAAAAGGCAUGAGCACUAGUGGAAGUUCAUCUCCAUGGUUGCAGGUGGGAAUUGGUUCAACUACUGAUGUGAGGGCUGACCAGUUAUAAAGUCUUGAGACCCAACACGGGCCGGGUUUCAAGUUUUUCUUUUCUUCUUUUUUCAUUUGUCCAAUUUUGUAUUUAAAAACUGUAAUUACAAGAAAAUUUUGUAACUAUAAUUGUUACACCAAUCACUGCAAUUAUGUGUUCAUUGGGCUGGUAAUGUGGCG